UACACAUGACAGUAAUAAUUUUCUCUACUCUUCCAUUAAUUGACAGAAAACUAUAAUUCCUUGAUCACAAACCCUUAGUUAACGCAAAAAUUGGAACAGAUUUGGCGGGAUUAGUUAAGAAUCAGAACAAUAGCAGAGUUUACCAUUUUAAUUUAUGUAUUGCUGCAUUGCAUUACUCUCAUUCUCACAAUUCUCCAAUUAUACCUUCGUUGAAAGAAAUUGAACCUCAAUUGUGAUAUUUCAGUUUAUUUUCCCCAAAUCAUUUUUCUUCUUCUUAUUCCUAAUUUCAUGUUUAGGGCAUUUCUUCAUCAACCAUUACGAUGGAUCCCAACAGCAAAUCUUCGGAACAAGUCAUUUCAGAAAUGGUUGAAAUGGGUUUUGAGCGUUUCAAAAUUCUCGAAGCCAUAAAAGUAGUGGGCACAUCGAUUCCCAACGUUGUAGAACAUAUCUUCAAUACUAGUAGUUGCAGUAACCCUGAACCACCCACUACCCACAUCUCAAAAUCAUGUUCAAGUAAUGGGAAAAUCCUAAAAAAACGAACUUUAUCAUCUUCCGUUCAAGUUCCGAAGUCGAGAACAAUUAACCAUUAUUUCCAAUCCACUGAUAGAGCUGCAGAGAAAAAGAAAAAUGUUGUUGUUGUUGAUGAUGAUGAUGAUGAAGAGGAAGAGUACAAGAAGCAUUUACCUCAAAUGGAAUUUGAUAUUGAUUCUGAUAUUACAUCUGAUUGGGAGCAGAGAGCUAGCACUCUAUUGCAAAAGCAUUUUGGUUUUUCAUCGUUGAAAAGUUUUCAGAAGGAAGCUCUAUCUGCCUGGUUUGCUCACAGAGACUGUCUUGUCCUGGCUGCAACUGGAUCUGGGAAAUCUCUGUGCUUUCAGAUUCCUGCAUUGCUAACUGGGAAAGUGGUGGUUGUGAUUUCGCCUUUAAUAAGCCUAAUGCAUGAUCAAUGCUUGAAGCUAACAAAACAUGGAAUCAGUGCUUGCUUUCUUGGCUCAGGGCAGCCUGAUAAUACUGUUGAAAAUAAAGCAAUGAGAGGCAUGUAUAGUAUUGUGUAUGUUUGUCCAGAGACAGUCCAAAGAUUGAUUCAACCUCUUCAAAAGCUUGCAGAAAGCCGUGGUAUUGCUUUGUUCGCAAUUGAUGAGGUACACUGUGUUUCUAAAUGGGGACAUGAUUUCCGUCCAGCUUACAGGCGACUGUCUGCAUUGAGGGAAAACUUCACUACUAGCAAGCUAAAAUCCCUGAAAAUUGAUAUACCUAUAAUGGCGUUGACAGCUACAGCUACAAAGAGAGUUCGAGAAGACAUUUUAAAAUCGCUUUGCUUAUCAAAAGAUACACAUGUUGUUCUCACAUCAUUUUUUCGACCUAAUUUGCGCUUCACGGUAAAGCAUAGUAGAACAUCAUGGGCUUCUUAUGAGACAGAUUUUCAUGAAUUGAUUAAAGAAUAUGGCGGAAAUAAUAAAAAUGGUGGAAAUAAAAAAGCUUUCACUUUAGAUGAUGUCUCCAUUAACUCUGAUGCUGGUAGAAUGUCUGACACAGACAGUGUUUCUUCUUAUGAUGUGGACGACAACCAAGAUGACUAUGAUGACAGCGAUACUAAUGUAAAGCAAUCAGGAAACAUCGACAAUCAUAAAAAAAGAAAAAAAUUGACAAUCGAGUUCCUGGAAAAUGAUGUUGAUGUCUUUCAAAGUGCGGAUGACUUGGAUGUUACCUGUGGUGAAUUUUGUGUACAAUCUCCUCCCAAGCAAUGUGAGUUAUCUGAUACAAUUGAUCCGCCUACAAGACCAGAAAAAAGACUCAAAAUGCUUAAGGAGCCUUUGGACCAAGGACCAACAAUCAUAUACGUACCAACCAGAAAAGAGACGGUGAGAAUUGCAAAGUAUCUUUGCAAGUUUGGUGUGAAGGCUGCUGCUUAUAAUGCCGGGCUGCCCAAGUUGCAUCUAAGGAAGACUCACAAAGAGUUUCAUGAAAAUACUUUAGAGGUUGUUGUUGCAACAAUAGCGUUUGGAAUGGGAAUUGACAAAUCAAAUGUUAGAAAAAUCAUCCACUAUGGUUGGCCGCAGAGUUUGGAAGCCUACUACCAAGAAGCUGGGCGGGCUGGUCGAGAUGGGAAGUUAGCAGAUUGCAUUCUAUAUGCAAACCUAGCGAGGAAGCCAUCACUUUUGCCGAGUCGUAGAAGCGAAGAUAUGACAAAGCAAGCAUAUAUCAUGUUAUCUGAUUGUUUCAGAUAUGGAAUGAAUACUUCAUGUUGUCGAGCAAAGACACUUGUAGAAUACUUCGGAGAGGAUUUCAGGCAUCAGAAAUGUCUCUUAUGCGAUGUGUGCGUUAAUGGACCACCUCAAAGGCAGAAUCUAAAAGAGGAGGCCUGUAUUUUACUGCAAACUAUAGGGGCUCAUAAUGCAUGUAGAUAUUCCAUGGAUUCCUCAUAUAACGAUGAUAUCCAUUUCGAUUCCAAGGAUAGAAGACUAGGGCUAGGGCUUAGGCCAAGUCUUAUGAUGUUAGUUAGAAGUAUAAGGGAGCAGUUUCAAAAGUUUUUAACCACUGAUAUAUUGUGGUGGAGAGGCCUUGCUCGAAUUUUGGAAGCUAAAGGAUAUAUCAGGGAAGGUGAUAACAAGACCAAUGUUCAAAUAAAAUACCCAGAACUAACAGAACUGGGUUUGGAAUUUGUGAAGUCCAUGAGUGAGCAAACUUUCUAUGUUUACCCUGAGGCAGAUAUGUUGCUUGAAACAAAAACUGACAAACCAUUUUCCUCAUUCUCAGAAUGGGGAAAAGGUUGGGCUGAUCCUGAGAUCCGACGCCAGCGCCUAGAAAGCAAUAGAAGUCCAACGAUGCGACGGAGCACUAGAAAGCAAAGAAAGAGUAAAGGUAAAAAAGUGAAACGUGAUUUGAGGACUUCUCGAGGUAGACUAGCAGCAAAACUCUCGAAACAUAAGUGACAUGCAACACUUUUUCUACUUUUUUUAAAUUAUUUGCGAUCCCCACCUUGGGUUGUAACUAAUCAACAAGCCCUCUUGUCCUGGUGUUUGGAUCCCUUACAGUUGCUGCACAAUACAAUAAAUGUAGAGGAUCCAGGUCCCUUGUGUUGUCUUUUGAUAUGGCGGGUUAUGUUUGUAUUAUGUAAAUAUGAUUUUUUCAUUUAAUGACAUUGCAUCUUAAUCAAAAGAAUGAUACUUGAUGGUAGAAAAA